AACACUUAUAGCCUCUUCAUUCCUCUAGUCUCCCAAAACCAAAGAAAGCUAAACAAAAAACUCUCUCAAUGGCCUCCACAGCUCUCUCUAGCGCCAUGGUCAGCACCUCCUUCACCCGCCAGCAACCCGCCGUGACUAGCCUACGCGCUCUACCCAAUGUCGGUCAAGCCCUCUUCGGCUUGAAAUCGAGCCGUGGCGGAAAGUUCAAGGCAAUGGCAACCUACACAGUUAAGGUGAUUACUCCGGAAGGCGAGAAGGUAGUUAAAUGCCCUGAUGAUGUUUACAUUCUUGACCACUUGGAGGAGGAAGGUAUCGACCUUCCGUACUCGUGCCGUGCCGGUUCUUGCUCUUCGUGUACCGGAAAAAUUGUAUCCGGAACCGUUGAUCAGUCUGAUGGUAGUUUUCUUGAUGAUGACCAGAUGGAAGCUGGUUUUGUUCUCACUUGUGUGGCCUAUCCAACUUCUGAUGUUGUUAUUGAGACACACAAGGAAGAUGAUCUUCUUUAAGUAUAAAUUUAUCUUAUCUUGAGUUUAAUUUUCAGUAUGUGGACUAUUUGAGGACAAGAUUGUCAUGUUUCUUGUUAAAUUCAUGAGUAUUAUUGAUGUUUCUACUCACAGAUUAAACUCUUCAUUGUAGUUUUAAUAAAUUUUAUAUUCCUGUUCUCUA